CCAUUACUAGCCCACCUCUUGACAUUCCGCGUAGCAGCAUCACACACACAAAUGCAAACAUACAAACACACUUCACAUUCUCACAACUAAACAUACUCUGAUUCAUUGCAAUUGCAUUAUCUCAAAGUUCACCAUCACUUUGUCCCAAUCCCGCAUCCUCCUGUUUAAUUUGGUGCCCAAAACUGUCAUGCCAACUUCACUUUCCAUAUUCCAUGCUUCAAUUCAAAAUUAAGCAAAAUUAAAAACACACAUCACAUAGUAAUCAACUUUUUAACACAGAUUCUUCAUAUUCUUGGAUCUCACUCUGCUCAAAGCAACGUUCUUUGGUGCUAAGUUCAAGAUCCAAUGGCGGUUGCCACGAGAGGAGCCAGGGGUGGAUCUAGUUUUCGUAGUUUGUUCUCGUUUCGGAUCUUCAUCUCUGCCAUAUUUUCUCUUCUCUUCGUUGCCACCCUUUCGGUCCUCUUCACCACCAACCCCUCCACAUCGAACGAUGACUCUGAUCUUCCCACGACUGGUAAUGCAUACGUGCAUAGAACCUUUUUGGCAUUGAAAUCUGACCCUCUUAGGACCCGAAUGGAUUUGAUACACCAACAAGCUAAAGAUCACAUUGCACUAGUGAAUGCCUAUGGUGCUUAUGCUAGGAAGCUCAAGCUUGACAUUUCUAAGCAAUUGAAGAUGUUUGAUGAGUUGGCACACAAUUUUUCGGAUAUUGUGUUGAAACCAACCUAUAAGGCAUCACUGUUUGAUUCCGAUGGUCCAAUUGAUGAGGAUGUGCUGAGGCAGUUUGAGAAGGAGGUUAAGGAUAGAGUGAAGAUUGCACGGAUGAUCAUUGUUGAGGCCAAAGAGAAUUAUGAUAAUCAGUUGAAGAUCCAGAAGUUGAAGGACACGAUAUUUGCUGUUCAUGAGUCACUUGCAAAGGCAAAGAAGAAUGGGGCGUUGGCAAGCUUGAUUUCGGCCAGAUCAAUCCCCAAGAGCUUGCAUUGUUUGGCAAUGAGGCUGAUGGGUGAGAAGAUUUCAAAUCCUGAGAAAUAUAGAGAUGAGGAGCCCAAGCUGGAGUUUGAAGAUCCCACUUUGUAUCAUUAUGCUAUAUUCUCAGAUAAUGUCAUAGCUGUGUCUGUGGUGGUGAGAUCUGUGGUGAAGAAUGCAGUGGAACCAUGGAAGCAUGUUUUCCAUGUUGUUACAAACAGGAUGAAUGUUGGGGCAAUGAAGGUUUGGUUUAAGAUGAGGCCCAUUGAAGGGGGUGCAUUUUUAGAGGUGAAAUCGGUGGAAGAAUUCACAUUCUUAAAUUCAUCAUAUGUCCCGAUCUUGAGGCAACUUGAGUCAGCCAAAAUGAAGCAGCGGUACUUGGAGAAUCAAGCUGAUAAUGCCACAAAUGAUGCAAACAUGAAAAAUGCCAAGUCCCUGUCCAUGUUGGAUCACCUUCGAUUUUAUUUGCCAGAGAUGUACCCUAAAUUGUAUAAGAUCUUACUUUUGGAUGAUGAUGUUGUGGUUCAAAAAGACUUGACAGGUUUGUGGAAAAUUGAUUUGGAUGGGAAGGUGAAUGGUGCUGUUGAGAUCUGUUUUGGCUCUUUCCACCGAUAUGCCCAGUACUUGAAUUUCUCUCAUCCUUUAAUCAAGGAGAGCUUCAAUCCAAAAGCUUGUGCUUGGGCCUAUGGCAUGAAUAUAUUUAAUCUUGAUGCUUGGAGGCAUGAAAAGUGUACAGAUAAUUAUCACUAUUGGCAGAACUUGAAUGAAGACCAAACUUUGUGGACAGCAGGGACCCUGUCACCUGGUUUGAUCACCUUCUACUCCACAACCAAGACACUGGACAAAUCCUGGCACGUGCUUGGGCUAGGAUACAAUCCAAGCAUUAGCAUGGAUGAGAUCAGCAAUGCUGCAGUCAUUCAUUACAAUGGAAACAUGAAACCUUGGCUUGAUAUUGCUUUGAACCAAUACAAAAAUCUUUGGACCAAAUACGUGGACAACAAUAUGGAGUUUGUGCAGAUGUGCAAUUUUGGCCUAUAGUUGAGAUCAACACACAGCUUCAUCAUGAUAAAAGCAUGAGAGAACAUGACAACUGUGGUUUACCGUAUUCUUUUGGAACUGAGAAUCUCAAGUUAAAUGUAGCCUGUCACAGAAAAGUUCUGUGUUGUCAUCAAGUUAAAAAUCUCAAGUUCAAAUGCUAGGCAAUAAUUUUGUUAGACUGUAUUUGGAAAUUUACACGAAGUAGUUUUUGUUUUUUCUCCUGUAUUUUGGAGCAUAUUUAUCAUGUAUUCAUUUGCUGAUGAUGGUAGUGUCAUGACUCUAAUUAACGAGAAGGCACUACCUUUUAUCUAUUUAACACACUACAUGUUAUUUCUUGUACGUUUCUGCACAUGGUUCUUCGUAUUUCCAAUAUUGAUUAAGCUACAUAUCAUAAAGCAAGGCCAUGUGUUGCGGUGUUUUUUCAGGGAUUUGGUGAACUUGAAUGAAGCACAGUGCAUUUUAAACCA